AUGGACCAGUUUUCACCAGCAAAUGCCGCAUCCACCUGCUCGGCCUUGUUUGACAAGGCGCAGUCGAUGGUCACCCAAACCCAACGAGUCCUUCAGGCGGUCCAGGAUGACGGUGAAUUUCACCAAUCCCUAGCCGCACUAUCAUCGAGACUCCAGCAGCUCGGGCACCAUGCUAACCAGCUCGGGUACCUCAUUGCCGACGCUGCCGUCGUGCAUUCCCAGCUCGGACUUGUCCUCCAGUCUGGCCUCGCCGAGUACCAAAGUGCCUUGGCUGUUGUCUCGGACGGGCUGGAUGCAGAGGGUGACCGGACCUGCGACAGGGACGCCAUCGCUGGCUACCUGAGCUUUGCUGCCGCCUCCGUCGCCCUCUUUGUUCUGAGCGCCCAGCUUUUGACAAUGGAAUCGGAGAAAGAGCAACAGUCAAAGUUGGCCAACCCGGGGGGCACAGCUAUCGUGGAUGCUGCUCAUAGUGCCUCAGAGCACGUUCUCUCAUCCAGCUACAAGAUUAGAAACUGA